AUUCACGUCUAAAGGCAUCAACAAGCUUAUUAGAGCGAGAAAAACACAGUAUCUAAAAGAAGUACUGCGCUUCGGUUGCAUUACAAUGCUAUAGCCUGCUGCGUUAGAUGUGCAGCAUACAAACCCCCAUGCUAGGAUGAAAUAUUCCGGUUAAAAUGGUUCUUGCUCUGGAAUUUAGCGUAGGACGCGUAGGAGCUCACUUGACAGCUGGAAUGUAACUGGGUUUCUUAUGAGCUGGCUAACACAGCUAGCUGCCUAUAGAGAUCUGAGAAUAAGAUGCAUUUCAUUACCAGCACACAGCAGAUGCAUGCUUAGGUGUAUAUAGAAGUAUGCUAGGAUGUUCAAAAAUGUGUUCGGAUCAGGAUUUCUGGUGAGGACCGCUCAUGUCAUCUUGACAUGGGUUAUAACGUUGAUUCUCUUCCUCCACGACACCGACCUGCGCAAACAGGAGGAGACGGGGGAGCUCACACUGCCGGUUCUCUUUGUGCUGCUGGUCCUGGUGUCCGUGUUGCUGUACUUUGCAGUUUCGCUCAUGGAUCCUGGUUUUGUCUUGACUGAUGACUGUGACUUGCAGUUCACACUUGGUAUUGCAGAAGAAACGCAGGAUAUGAUUCCACAGACUACUAAGUCUAUACGGCUGCGGCGCUGUGGACACUGCCUGGUACAGCAACCCAUGAGAUCCAAACACUGCCAGACGUGUCAACAUUGUGUGCGGCGCUAUGAUCACCACUGCCCCUGGAUAGAGAACUGCGUCGGGGAGAGAAACCACCGCUGGUUUGUGCUUUAUCUGGCUGUCCAGCUUAUUGUCUUACUGUGGGGACUUUACAUGGCCUGGUCCGGCUUCAGUCACGCUCCCACCUGGCAGCUGUGGUUGAGGACCAACGGUGUGCUCUUAGGAGCAGCAGCGGUAGUGGCGGUCCUAUCCCUCACCGUGCUUCUCCUCCUGGGCUCUCACCUGUACCUGGUGUCCCUAAAUACCACCACAUGGGAGUUCAUGUCUCGACACAGAAUCUCUUACCUCAAGCACUGCGGCGUAGACGAAAACCCUUUUGACCGUGGAACCCUGCGCAAUCUCUGGGGCUUCUUCUGCGUUUGGGAACCAGUGGUUUGGGAGCAUGUUUAUUUCAAGCAAGGCAACGAUCCCAUUUAAUUCCCUGGGAGUCAUGACUGCCAUGACAAAUAACCCAUUAAAUAGAAGUUGAUGUUUUGGUGGAAAUUGCUCCAAACUGCAUCUGCUACUACAUCUAGUCUACUUCUCCUUCCUUGUGAAUGACUCAUUCCAUUUUGAAAGUGAUUCUUAAAUGCAUGAACUUUGUAGUUGCAAUGAUUUUUGAUUAAGUUUUAUCAAGUAGGUUGGAAUGAUGAGCAUUUCUAUAAAGUGUUUUGUGAAUACUUUGCCCACAUAUUACUUUGACAAUUCGUCUGUGCUGAUUUUGCACAUUUUAAUAGCAGAACAAAAAGCACAAAAUCACAACAGCGUUUUGGAGCUGUAUUGUGGUUUCCAAUUAAUGCAAUAUGAGAUGAGAUAUAUUACAAUUUUAUAUAAUUAUUUAUUAUCUUGGCUCUGCUCAAAUAAUUUCUUUCAUGGUACUAAAAAGCUGUUGGACAAAAGUAAUUUAACUAGACAGUCUGUCAGCUUAUUUUAUAGUAGCAGCAGAUGUUGUAUUCUUACAUCAGCAAUGAUUUUUGUGCAGUUAUUGAACUUGUGAAAUACAGUCAGUUGUAUAUAUUUUUACAGAUUUUUUUUUUAUUUUAUUUUUUUUAGAAAAUUGACACCCCAUUUUAAAGGGUUAUUCACCCAAAAAUGAAAAUUAUCCCAUGAUUUACUCACCCUCAAGCCAUCCUAGGUGUAUAUGACUAUCUUCUUUCAGACAAACACAAUCUGAGAUUUAAAAAUAUCCUGGCUCCUCCAAGCUUUAUAAUGGUUGUGAAUGGGGGGCUACAUUUUGAAGCUAAAAAAAAAAAAAAUGCAUUCAUUCAUCAUAAAAGUAAUCCAUACAGCUCCAGGGGGUUAAUAAAGGCCUUCUGAAGCGAAGCGAUGCAUUUUUGUAAGAAAAAUAUCCAUAUUUAAAACUUCAUUAACUUAUAACAACUAGCUUCCGGCAGACAGCCAUACACAUGGAUUUGCGGCGGAAGAGUAACCUCUGACCUGGCUCAUGACGUAAUGAUGAACGCAGAGGAUAGAGCAACAAAAUACCGGUCACAAAUUAGAAGUCUAAAAUGAUCAUUUGUAUAAAGAAAUGUCGGAGGAUUUCGAUAUAAGAGAAGAGGAGCUUGAGUUUGUUGUACAGCCCUAUUUGUUUGAACUGUGAGAGGCGACUAAGCUUACGAUACUCCUACAUCCUGCGUCAUACAUCGCUUCGGGGUUACUCAUUUGGCCCAAGUUGACUUGUGCAGUAUGAGUUUUAAAUAUGGAUACUUUUUCUUACAAAAAUGCAUCGCUUUACUUCAAAAGGCCUUUAUUAACCCCUGGAGCCGUAUGGAUUAUAUUUUUUAUAAUGGAUGGAUGUGGUUUUUUGGGCUUUAAAAUCUGGUCCCCCCUUCACAACCAUUAUAAAGCUUGGAAGAACAAGGAUGUUUUUAAAUAGAUUGUGUUCAUUUGAAAGAAGAUAGUCAUAUUCACCUAAGAUGGCUUGAGGGUGAAUAAAUCAUGGGAUAAUUUUCAUUUUUGGGUGAAUGAUUCCUUUAAGAUCAAUUUCAGACAGGGUAAUAAGUUAAUGUGAAAUUUCCUAUAGCACUUUAUAUAUCAGUAGUGAAAUUUCAAUAUGCUUGUAAUGUGAUUUUUAUAAUAAAUGUACCAGUUGACAUAAUCUAUACAUUAAACAUGAGAAAUUAACAUAUUGAAAGACAAAUUUAGAAUACAAACAUAAUCAGUGCAGUAAUGUAUUUUUUUUUUUUUUUUUGCAAUACUUUAUUUUUAUAUAAACAGGGUCUUUCCUAUUACACAUCAGCAGCUUAAAGAGAGAAAGAUGUAAAUGCAUGUGACACUCCUUUGACUGUUAGAUUCUGGUCCAUUUUGGACCGCCAGAACAGAUUAAAGUAAUAUGUUUGGUUGGUAAAUGCAGUACAAUGAAGUCCAGUGUGUUUUCUUUAACAAACAAACAAACAAACAAACAUUAGAAAUUUCUCAGCAUAUAUAUAGAGACAUAAAAAGCAAUAAUUGUUUUUGCUUUUACUUGAUUUCAAAUUCUUUAUAUUUUACUUUUACAGUGUUUAACUCAAUAUUAAUGCUGAGAUUUCAUGAAUGAUUUGUGCUGUUUUGAUCAAAGUUAUGCAAUUUUUGUUCCUCUAUGUAAUGUUUUGAAGCAUCAGUAUUCAAUAAAUUGAACAACAUGGUC